UGAAAUGGUCCAAUAUUAUCAUAAUCUGUUGCUUUAUUGUCAUCGUACUACUCUCAUUCUAUCACAAGGCUGCUAUUUAGAGCUCUCAGCCUUGUCCGAGGCGCGCUAAACCAAAUCACACUAGCGCGAGGCGACGACAAUUAUUGUCACGCCCGUAGCCUUCCAAAUAUUCCAACGCAACACAGCAACCUCGUUCACUCUCAAGACUUAUACGUCAAGAUGUCGACUCUUGCCGAUGAACUUCUGAACGACUUUGAGGACUCGGGCUCAGAGGGGGAGGCCGAGACCGAGAAUGGCGGCCUUUUCCCCGAGGCGGACGGGCAUGCGCCGACAACCAACGGGAAUGGCGAGACUAUGGAGCUUGAUGGGGAUGAGGAGGAGAUGGAAGAGGAUGAGGACAUGACGGGCGCGGGCAAUGCGAUAGAUGUGAUGGAUGAUGAAGAGGCGACGAAGGCCAAGGUCGAGAAGAUGCAGCUCGGAGGCGUAGAUGAUGUGCGCAGCGUCGCGGGUCUGAUGAAGACUCUCGAGCCAGUAUUAGAGAAGAUAUCAUAUUUCCAGAACCUACCAGCAGACAAGCAAACAACACACGUCGGCUCGAUUGAGGACAACCCCGAGUACCACCUCCUAACCCAAUCGAACACGCUCUCAACAUCCAUCGACAACGAGAUCAUCCUCGUCCACAAGUUCAUCCGAGACCACUACUCCACGCGCUUCCCCGAGCUGGAGACUAUGGUCCAAAACCCGCUCGACUACGCCAAAGUCGUCGCCAUAAUCGGCAACGGCCCCAUGAACAGCGAGAACAUCAAGCGCCUCCAAACCUCCACCGACAACAUCCUCGGCACCACCCUCCGCGCCGUUCUCGACGGCCCCUCCCUCAUGAUUGUCACCGUCGAAGCAACCACCACCAAAGGCCGCGCCCUCACCCCCCCGGAACUCUCCCGCGUCCUCCGCGCCUGCGAAAUGACCCUCUCCCUCGACCGCGCCAAGCGCACUUUAACCGACUACGUGCAAUCGCGGAUGACUCUCUUCGCCCCCAACCUCACCGCCCUAAUCGGCUCUCUCACCGCAGCGCAACUCCUCAACUUCGCCGGCGGCCUGACUGGUCUCGCCAAAACACCAGCCUGCAACCUCGCAUCCCUCGGCUCUAAGAAGACUGCCGGGACUGGCUUCGCCACAAACGUCGGAGCCCGCCAACAAGGAUUCCUCUACCACUCCCCGAUCAUCGCCGGUGUCCCCCCCGACCUCCGCCGCCAAGCCCAGCGCAUCGUCGCCGCGAAACUCGUCCUCGCCGCCCGCGUAGACAGGGUCCACUCCUCCCCCUCCGGCGCCACCGGCGAAGAGCUCAAAGCAGCCUGCCUCGAGCGACUGGAGAAACUCACCAUCCCCCCUCCCAACAAAGGUGCGCGCGCAUUACCAGCGCCAGAUGACAAGCCGUCCCGUAAGCGGGGAGGGAGGCGCGCGAGAAAGGCCAAGGAGGCUACUGCUAUGACGGAUCUGAGGAAGGCGCAGAAUAGGAUGGUGUUUGGGAAGGAGGAGGUUGAAGGGGGGGGUGAUAAGCAGGGUGUUGAGGAGGGGAGGGUUAGGAGGUUACAGAUUGAUCCGCGCACGCGCGCGAAGCUGGGGAAGAAGAAUCCGGGGUGGGGUGCUGCGACGCCCGCGCCUGGCAGCGGAACGGCGUCGAGUCUGCGCGGAUUUGGUGGCGGGGUUGGGGCGAUGGAUCUUAGAGGGAAGGGACUUCGGGGUAGUGGAGUUGGUGCAGCGGGUACGGCGAGUAGUGUUGUUUUUACGCCGGUUCAGGGGCUGGAGCUGGUGGAUCCGAAGAUUAGAGAUGAGGUUGCCAGGAAGAGGAAGGCGGAGGAGGAGGGGUGGUUUAAGGGGGGGACGUUUACGCAGGUUGGUGGUGGGAAUGGGGGGUUCAAGGUGCCGGAUGCGAAGAGGGUGAAGAGUGGGAUGGGACCGCCGGCGGCGCCUGGGGGUGGUUAAAGAGUUGGGAGAUGAAGAGGAGGUGUAUGUUUUGUGUAUUAUAGUUGGGGCGUUUUGGCAUUUUCGGCGAAUGGGUGGGAGGGAUGUAGAUGGAUAUCCGCGCGGAUCUUGGGCCGCUGCGAGGCACGGCGAUGGGGGGAGAUAUGGCGAGAUGGGAUUGUGGAGGGGAGAGAGGACUUGAAAUGGGGAGUGCAUCACAGAAUCGGAUG